UAAGAUGUUGGAAUUUAACUCUCCUAUGUCUUCGAAUAACUCCAUGUUUUCCAUGUUUAAUUUAGAAGCUUCCCGUCAGAAUGCUUUAAUAUUGGGUAAUACGCAAAUUGGAUCUUUACAGCAUAUAUCCGACGUUAAGAAUCAAGGAAGAUACGGCAUAAUCAAAAAUCCUAUAGGAAUUUCGAAUAAUUCCGGGACACCUCAUGGGAUAAACGAUAUUCUCAAUCGACCUACCACUUUAUCAACUUCUGCACCGUUAGGUUCGUUAGGACCCUUGUCUCAUUUUCCCAUCGGUGUGAGUAGUGGCGUAUAUUUUGGUGCUUCUAAUAAUGGAUUGCAUAAAAUUUCUAUUUCGGAUCUUCCCGGAAGAUCUGCCGUUUAUUGGCCAAAUCCGGAUAUUUGGAGAGAGAGAUUUUCCACUCAAUCUAUGAAUUCUUGCCUCGAUAAAGACGGAAAGAAGAAACAUACCAGACCUACCUUUUCCGGUCAUCAGAUUUAUGUACUCGAAAAGACAUUCGAACAAACUAAAUAUUUAGCUGGACCGGAAAGAGCAAAACUUGCUUAUGCACUGGGAAUGUCCGAAAGUCAAGUUAAGGUGUGGUUUCAAAAUCGACGAACGAAAUGGAGGAAAAAACACGCCGCAGAAAUGGCAACUGCUAAAAAGAAACACGACACAGAAGCCGAACAAUUAAAUCAAGAAGAAGUAUCAGACCAAGAAGAUUUAGAUAAAAGUUUGGACGAAGAAUUUGCUUCAAUAUGCCGACAAGAAGAUUCGUCAGAGAGUGUAAACUCGAAUUAAAAAAAAAAAAAAAAAUUUGUAUCGAAGAAUAUGGUAGAUGUACUGUACAG